GUUCAGACUUUACAAAUGUGUGGCGGACUCUACUACUGCCUCGCCGGAAACUACCUCGGAGCGAAAGAGUCGGACCCCGUCCACCUGGACAUCCUCUUUGCUGCUGAGAUCCUAAACUCCUCCCACUGUGUGAGGCUUCCCUCUGGGGUCCUCUGCUCCUGUGAGAGCCAGGGGAACCCAGUGCCAACGCUGACCUGGACAUUGGAUGGAGAGGCCGUCGAUCACUCUGCACACCGUCCCAUCAGGGAGUAUCAAACAGGCAACCUGGGAGUCAUGAGUGUCAUCAGCUUGCCCCAAUCAGACAAAGACCCGCCCACUGUCAUGUGUCUCAGCAACAACUCUAUGGGCGACAACCGCUUGGAGUUAAACUUUGCUUUCUCUAAAAGCGAAUCUGAUUGGGCAGCCUUCCACACCAUCUCUCUGCUGAUUGGCUUGACAGCAGGCUCUUUGGUGAUGAUGCUGCUCUGCACUCUGUUCCAUAUGACACUCAGCAGAAAGAAGAGAGACCAGCUAUCAGAAAAUACAAACCACAGGAACCCUUCUGAACUUGCCUUGGCGCUGGUCGAGGAAGCAGAGGUGGUUUACGGGAACAAUGCGGUUCUGGACGCAGUAGGAGGAAAAGAGGAAGAGCUCCAGUACGUUGACCUGAGCUUCAUCUUGCUUCAGGCCCUGCCGGCCGCAAACCCCGGAGUGGACUUAAUCAGAGGAAUGGACUCCAAGACAGAUGAGUACGCUGAGAUCCGUCCGCACCCCACAGGAAGUGGCGAAGGAGAGCCACAGGAAGAGGAAGUGUAUGCUGAGUGUGUUUCUUACGGCCAGACGAGCGCCAGAGAGGAGGUCAUGGCUGAGGGUUCGCUUAUAGACGCAAAGGACUCUGAGACAGAGUCGUAACGGGACAUUGCAGAACAAGACUUUGGCCCAAAUCUUCACAUCUUGGCCCAAAUCUUUUUGGCAAAAUGUGUCUUUCGAAAAUAUCAGAAAUCCCCGCCCCUAUAAUGCUCAUUUAGAUGCCUCAAGAAUGCUUUGUGAAAUAAUUUGUACAGAAUAAUGGAUAAAUAAUGUGUCUUUGUAUCAUUAAUCAAAUAAUUAAUUUCAUCUUUCUUAUAUAGAUUUUGUACAUCUUUGAAAGAUAGACACAAUAUUUGUUUUGUAGCACUUCUUUAUUUAUAACCGUAGCCUGUAUUUGUGUAUGUUAUAUAAUUAGUCAGUUACAUUGCGAUUCUUGCAGCAUAAUGGUACAAUUCCACUGUUUCACUCAUAAAGGUAUGCAAUGCUAGCGCCAGUAAAAGACUGUUUGUGUAA